CGCCGAGCCCGCCGGGCGCUGGUUCCCCGAGUGCCCUGGCCGGGGCCUGAGGAGCGGGCACCGAGCCGGGGCAGCGAGCAGUAAGCAGAGCAGACGGCGGGCGCUGCCUGAGGCGACAAGGACUGCGAGCGAGUACUGUAGUUCCUAAAACUGGCUGCACAAAAGGAUCAUUGGAGACUUUUAAAACUCUGCUCAAAAUUGCACCCCAGACCAAUUAAAACACGGCUGUUAGCAGAUCCUGCUGCUCUAUCUUCCAGAUGUAUCCAGAAUCCUGUCUUCCAAAUAAAUCCAGGAGUUCAACCCCUUUUCUUACGUCUACUGCAAGCACCUUCCUCCAAGUCUCCAGCACCUGUUGCCUGGAUGAGACGGUAAAGAACAGGUCCAAGAAAAGCUCGAAGAAAACAAAUCCCAGCAGUAGCAGCAGCAGCAGUAGCAGCAGCAGCAGCAGCAAGUUGCCUCCAGUUUGUUAUGAAAUAAUUACCUUGAAGACUAAAAAGAAGAAGAAGAUGGCUGCUGAUAUAUUCCCCCGAAAAAAACCAGCCAACUCCAGCAGCACCACUGUCCAGCAGUACCACCAGCAGAAUCUCAGUAACAACAACCUUAUUCCGGCCCCGAAUUGGCAGGGUCUUUAUCCCACCAUUAGAGAGAGAAAUGCAGUGAUGUUCAAUAAUGAUUUGAUGGCAGAUGUACAUUUUGUGGUUGGGCCACCAGGUGGGACUCAGCGGUUGCCAGGACACAAAUAUGUUUUAGCUGUUGGGAGCUCUGUUUUCCAUGCAAUGUUUUACGGAGAACUUGCCGAGGACAAAGAUGAAAUCCGUAUACCAGAUGUCGACCCUGCUGCUUUUCUCGCUAUGCUGAAAUACAUCUAUUGUGAUGAAAUUGACUUGGCUGCUGACACAGUCUUGGCCACUCUUUAUGCUGCCAAAAAGUACAUCGUCCCUCACCUCGCCCGGGCCUGCGUCAAUUUCCUGGAGACCAGCCUGAGCGCCAAGAACGCCUGUGUCCUCCUGUCCCAGAGCUGCCUGUUUGAGGAACCGGACCUGACCCAGCGGUGCUGGGAGGUGAUCGACGCCCAGGCCGAGCUCGCUCUCAAGUCUGAGGGGUUCUGUGAUAUUGACUUCCAGACACUAGAAAGUAUCCUCCGCAGGGAAACUCUGAAUGCCAAAGAAAUUGUGGUUUUCGAGGCAGCUCUCAACUGGGCUGAAGUGGAAUGCCAGCGGCAAGAUCUGGCUUUGAGCAUUGAAAACAAGCGCAAGGUCCUCGGGAAGGCGCUUUACUUGAUCCGCAUCCCGACCAUGGCCCUGGACGAUUUUGCAAACGGUGCUGCACAGUCUGGAGUCUUAACUCUGAACGAGACGAACGACAUCUUCCUUUGGUACACCGCGGCCAAGAAGCCCGAGCUGCAGUUCGUGAGCAAAGCCCGCAAGGGCCUCGUCCCGCAGCGCUGCCACCGUUUCCAGUCGUGCGCCUACCGGAGCAACCAGUGGCGCUACCGGGGCCGCUGCGACAGCAUCCAGUUCGCCGUCGACAAGAGGGUGUUCAUCGCGGGCUUCGGGCUGUACGGCUCCAGCUGCGGCUCAGCCGAGUACAGUGCCAAGAUCGAACUCAAGCGGCAGGGUGUCGUCCUGGGGCAGAACUUGAGCAAGUACUUCUCAGACGGCUCCAGCAACACCUUCCCCGUGUGGUUCGAGUACCCGGUGCAGAUUGAGCCAGACACCUUCUACACGGCCAGCGUGAUCCUGGACGGCAAUGAGCUCAGCUACUUUGGACAGGAAGGCAUGACAGAAGUUCAAUGUGGCAAAGUCACUGUCCAGUUCCAGUGCUCGUCGGACAGCACCAACGGCACUGGGGUGCAGGGGGGUCAGAUCCCCGAACUUAUAUUCUACGCUUGAGCAUGCUUCCCGGAGCAGUGCAGGCUCUGAGGUGCACACCACACUCCUGCCUGCUUGAUGCUUAGCUCAGCUGCAGAUAUGCAAUCAGCGCAGGUAGUUUGUAAUGAACGGAGCUGUAGGCAGGUUCUGAUUUCUUUCAACCUUUUAAUUAUGUACAGGCAAAAAUGCAGCAUUCAGCUUUUAACUCUAUGCCUAAAAGAGCCAAGUUCUCAUCAAGGCUUGUGGUUCUUAGAGUUGGAUCUAUACAUCUGGGGAGAUUUUGAGUUCUUUUCCAACUGCCCCACUGACCUCCCAGUUUUGUCCCUCUUAGGACAAUUUUCAGAUCACCUCAAAUUCCCUUUUGGGCUUUAUUUUAAAUAGGAAUAAAUAGUCUAAAAUAACAAUAACAAGAAUUAUUUUUAAACAGAACCCUUCACUUCCCAAAAAACAGAUAAACCUCAGUGUACAAUUUUGAAAGACGUUUUGCUUGGUAAUUAAUAAUUAAGAAAGUAGACAGUAGUCACUUUACCUUCUUAUUUUAUUUCCUUUUAAAUAUUUUACUUUUGGGCAUUGCUUUUUCUUAAAUCCUAAAUUCAUAAGAUUGUUAAGUUUUAAACUGCAAAGUGUCAAUGUAAAGUAAGAAAUUGGAAGUUUUAGGUCAUGACUUUUGCUACAGACAGAUUUAUAUUCUUUUAGUUUAGAAGACAGACUAUUGCAGUACAGAGACUUCUUUUAGAAGUAACUAAAUUAUAAAAUUUUAUUGUCAUUAGGAAAAAGUUGCAGGCCUAUUAAUUUAAACUAAAAUGGUUUUAAAAGGAAGCCUAAAAAAGUCCCAUACGACAGAUAGUUUAAUUGAUGGCAAAUUAUAAUACAGAGUUUGAAAAAGUCAGACCCUUUUCCCUGCUUAGCUUCUGAUCCCUGCCAUUUGCUGGUUUUCAAAAGUUGUACUGUAUAGAAUUCCUAUUCCCUUUUUCCCAUGAAAAGAGGACCAAACAAUUCUUUAGAUGAAUGGAAUAACAAUUAGUUUUGUAGCACCACAUGUUAAUGUAAUGAGAUAUUUUAUUCAUUGAUUUUUUUUUUUCUUAAUCUGUAAUGUAUUUCACCGGAUCUACUUUGACCACAUUGUAUCUUCUUAGUUAAUUAUAAUUCUGUCCUGUUCCUGGACUGCUAGAAUCUGGCCUCUGGCCAUCUUAAAGUGCCAAUAUAUGCCUGCAGGGUUUUUAGAAAAUGGUCUAGAGCGAUAGACUUGGUGAUACCUAAUAUUCACUGCCUCAGCAUCACAUCCAGCUCUCUUAUUUGUCCACGGAUAAUGUAAACAAAGGAGGGAAAAGCUCAUCAAAACAUUCUCCUUCAGCGAAGGCUUGUGCUGGCUUAGUGCCUGUGACCCUGGUGGUGUCCACUGUGUUCACUCCCAGUUGAAGUAUCCAUGUGUUUCUGGGCAGCUUUUCUGCCCAGCGUGAUCCUGAGAUGGCUUCCCCGCCACCCAGAGUGUGGUCGCUGGCCGCCUCCUCCUCCUGCUCUGUGAGCCCGAAGCUGGCUCUGGAGCAGGGGUCAGUCCUGGGGCGGGUGUGUGCGUGGGUGCCCGUGCGCGCUCAGGCGCGUGCCAGCUCAGGAACUGCCUCCUCCCUGCCGGUCGGUGAGGGCUGGGACAGAAAUGGUCCCCCUGCCGGCCCCAGCCGGGCCCCAGUGAGUGACUGCCUGUGCUUCUGGGCCACUUCUCCCCCUGUAGACAUGGGCUUGUCGCUUCGGCUGGCUUCCCUGAUGGAGGAGAACACUGGAUUAUGGGAAAUGUUUUAAUCACCUUUACCAUUACCUAUGUCUGUUAGCGUAGAUGAUCAAAAGCUAUUACGGUGAUUAUAGAUGAGUAUUCCCAGGACAACUUUCCAAAAUUAUCUAACAAUUAUUUCUUAUUAGCAAGAUGACAGUAGUUUUGGCAAACUAUGAAAUAAAGGCACGUUUUCAAUUUAAAAAAUACUUCUACAAAGGGUUUUAUUUAUAAAUUAUGGUUAAACAUUUCGGUAACUCAUAGUUACUUUGCAAAUUGGUAGACUAUAUACCUAAUUGGAAGGCACUAAUUUUUAAGCCAGAGGAGAAGAAACUUUAUUUAGCACUAAUUUCAUCAUAUCAGGUUGUUGGCGAUGGGUGUGAUAACCUUAGAGUGAAGAUUGUUCAUUCAGUAACACCCAUGGUCAGUGCUCCUGUUAGUAGCUGCCCUCCAGAGGCUGGGGAACCGCUGGGUGAGAGCCACGUGAGAUCCUGUGCACUAGGUGUGGAAGAACUUAAUUUUAUAUUAAUUGCUAUCACCUGAAAAAGAAAAAAAACAAAACCCAUCCAUCAUCUGAUUGGCUGGUGCCAAGAUCUGUGGGUUAAAUUUGAAAGUUGUAUUUAAAACAAGAAAAUUUUAUCUUUUAAAUCCUAUUCUCCCUUCUGCAUUUUCAGUGACAUGGAAUUAAGGCUAAUGUGCUUGCUUUAUUUUCUUUGGUAAUCUCAAAUUUUGUAGCUUUUAAAACUAGAAACCAUUGUUCUGACAAGGCGGGCAACUGUAGUUUAUAAAUGCAACUUUAUUGAACAACGCCCUAUAGAUACUUUUCCCAAUGUACCUGGCAGUCUUUGUCAUUGUUUAUAUCCUGGGGAUAAGGGGAGCUAGGCUAGCAGUUCUAAUGUAACAUUCUUUAAGCAUAUCUUAAUAUAGUAUUUAAGUAAAUGGUCUAAUUUCUACAUAACUGUUGCACUGAACCGUCUUUUUUUUAAGGUGUUUAAAUAAGCUCGCUAAUUCAAGACACUAGCCACUUGUGCAUCAGAGUGCUUGAAUUCAGUAGCUUACAGCAUUAUUUAUGAAGGAAAAAUAUAUAAAUAUGAAGUACCUCAUGUUGAAUGUUAUUGUACUGUAUUUUUAAUGUAACAGUGCAGAUCUUGUUAGACACAUGAAUGUAUAUAAUCAUGUUAAGUGAAAAUAAAAUAAAACUGGUUCAUA